CACAAACACAUAAAUAACUCAUCAAGAGAUAAGACUUCAAAACAAACCAACCUCACUACACACUCUUCUCUUUUGCUUCUAUAUAUCUUUCUCUUUCUUCUUCAUGUCUGAUGAACCUAAACCUUAUUUCCAAGACUUUAUGCUAGAUCAAGGAUCUAACAUGUACUCAUGUGAAAAACAAUUUUCAACCUUUCAUAACUUAGAUUCAUCACAACCUAAUUACUUUGAUCCAUCAUCUUAUAAUAUGAGUUUCACAGAAAGUUUACAAGGAGGAAACAUGGAUCACUACAAUUCACCACUUGCAACUUCUUUUGGAGUACUAUCUCCUUCUUCAUCAGAGGUUUUUUCAUCUGUUGAUCAAGGAAAUCAAAAACCUUCAGCUGGAGAAUUAGGUGGUGGUGAUCAAACCCUUGCUACACUUAACUCAUCUAUCUCUAAUUCCUCAUCUUCUGAAGCUGGAGGAGUAGAAGAAGAAGAUUCAGGAAAGAGAAAGAAAAAUAUUGGACAGGUUAAAGAAGAACCAGGACAAGAAAGCUCUAAAAAUGGGAACAACAAGGUGGAUAAGAAGAAAGGAGAGAAGAAGCAAAAAGAACCAAGGUUUGCUUUCAUGACAAAGAGUGAAGUUGAUCAGCUAGAAGAUGGAUACAGAUGGAGAAAAUAUGGACAGAAAGCUGUUAAGAAUAGUCCAUACCCUAGGAGCUAUUACAGGUGUACAACACAGAAAUGUACAGUGAAAAAACGCGUAGAAAGAUCAUAUGAAGACCCAACAACUGUGAUAACAACAUAUGAAGGUCAGCAUAAUCAUCCUGUCCCCACUUCCCUAAGAGGCAAUGCGGCUGCAAUGUUCACACCUUCUAAUUUGCUAUCUACACCUACACCUUUCUCAUAUGGGUCAAACUUCCCUCAAGAUCUUCUUCUCCACAUGCACCACCACAACACCUUCAAUAUCACCCAACCAACAACACAUACUACUAAUAACGUUGCUGGUUCCGUUUACUCACACAACAACAUUAACAACUCAUUUCUUCAACAAUAUCAACAACAACUUCCUCCUGAUCAAUAUGGACUCCUUCAAGACAUUGUCCCUUCCAUGUUCCUCAACAGGACCAAUCACAACUAAUCAUUAAUCAAGAUCCAUUCAUAUGUACUCUCUUUAUCUCUCUCAAUCAUCUUUUUUGUACAUAUAUUUAUAUAGUUUAAGUAUGUAAUUUGCAUAGCUAGUUUCAUUUAGUUAUGACUUAUCAUGACAUCUGCUAUAUAUACAUAUAUGGCCAGCUAUGUGAUGGAUGGUAAGUGGGAACUGUUUUUGUUUUCUUAAGGAAAAAAUCAUCGAGUACCUAUGUAUUAAUCCUAGGGAGAGGUUAUUUAGAGGACAACAUAUCUUUUUAUACAUAUAUGCAUGCAGCUUGGCAGCCCAUUUAAUUGGGAUUUUCAUGCUAUAUAUGUGGAGUAUUAGUACUAUGUAACAUCAUCUAUGACAAUUGAGAUAUUAAUUAAUAACUUUCAUAUGGGUUAGGGGAA